CAGGAACGAGAAGCCCGGCGCAUCGAGGAAGAGCGAAGGCAGCUGCAGCUCUUGAAGGAAGCACAGGAAAAGCGAAGGAAGUUGGAAAAUGAACGCAAGAAGAAUCUCGGUGGAGUCUUUGCGCUUUCAGCCGACGACUUCGAGAAGGAGGAUAAGGAGGAGCAAAGCAAGGCGCACGCGGCGCAAAGCGCCAUGGAUCGCCGCCCCGAACGGCUCGACCGGAUGGACCGGAUGGAUCGGCCGAGCCGAAAAUCCAAAGAUCCCAAGCCACUGGAUGACUCGACACCGGGGACCGGCUUUGAGAAGUGCUGGAAGAACUGGGACUUUGCCAAGGCAGACGACCCCGGGGAGGUGGCGCGGCAGUUCAUGCGCGUCACCGCGGCCAAGCGCCGCGGCUACGCGCCGGACCGCCGGGACGGCGGGGGCCACGGUGGCCACGGUGGCCACGGUGGGCGACGGAGCCGGAGCAGGGGGCGGUGACCAGAAACCGAGAAGCGAUUCGCCAAA